AUGCUGUUGCUGCUCGCUCUCCUCACAAUAGGGCUUUCGACAGCACUAAGUUCCCGGUUAUGCUCCUACACAUGCCAGUGCUACGAGCACUCAGACCUGGUGGACUGUCGCGCUCGGAAGCUCACCGGAGUACCCCACGGGCUCCCUCACGGCACGUGGCUCCUUGACCUCGGGGGCAACGUCCUCACGGAGUUGCGGAGUAGGGCAUUCACCGGCCUUUGGUCCAUGAGGAUUCUGGUGCUGUCGGAGAGUCACAUCCAAGACAUCCACACUCAGGCAUUCCACUCCCUGUCCUUCCUGGAGAAGCUGGACCUGAGCCACAAUCACCUCUCCCAGCUCCCCUCGGACUUCUCCCUGAGCCUGGCCUCGCUGCGGGACCUGCGGCUGGACCACAAUGCACUGCAGCAGGUGGAGCCGCCGUGCCUGGAGCACCUGGAGAGCCUGGAGAAGCUGGACCUCAGCCACAACCAGCUGCAGGCCCUCCGGCCCGGCGCCUUCAGGGGACUCUCACGCCUCAGACACCUCUAUCUGAAUUACAACCGCCUGGCGGCCAUCCGCGAGGGCACCUUCUCCAUGCUGCCGGUGCUGGAGCUGCUCCUGCUGAGCCACAACAACAUCUCGCGGCUGGACACGGAGGCCUUCAAGUCCCUGAACGGCCUGGCCCUGCUGGCCCUGGAGGGCAACCAGCUGCAGCAUAUCAAGUUCAAGACCUUCCUGAACCUGCAGACCUCCGCCACACACCUGCAGCUCUCCGACAACCCCUGGAGCUGCGACUGUGACCUGCACCGCGUCUUCAGCAAGAUCCUGAGCGUGCGCCACCUGCACGUGGACGACUACCGCAACGUGACGUGCCGCGAGCCGUGGCAGCUGGCGGGCGCGUCCCUGGCGGGCGUGGACAGCCAGCUGUGCAUGGCCGAGACGGCCACCGUCCUCAUCAUCACCGGCGCCGUGCUCCUGACCGUCAUCGGGGCGCUGGUCACCGCCGAGCGCAAACGCAAACUCAACAAGGCCAAAGGCUGGGGGAGGGGUGAGCCAGACGCCCCAGACAUGAAUGACAAGUGAAGGAUCACUUAAUAUGGACCUACCUAGCCAGGCCACGCCCUCCUAGUGACGCAACACCUUCGGCGUUGCUUCUAAGUCAGGCCAAGAGCAAUGUAAAUAUUGUUUCUGAUCUCCCAGAAAAAAACGGGAACUCCACCCACUUUGUCGGACACCAGUCAACCAGUAGCAAACUUAGGGAGGCGGGAAACAUUAAUGGUUAUGGUGUUGGUCAGACCAAGUUUCGAAGAGAUUUGAAAGUCGAUGAUAAUCAGGCUAUUAUUGACCGACCAUUGCAAAGAUAAUUAGAAUACAAACAAAUACGGAAAUGGAAAACAUACGCAAACACACAACACGGCAAAAGGCUGGGGGAGGGGUGAGACUAACACUGCUGGCACCUGCUGGAGGGAGGUCGAUGCCUCUGACAGACGAACCUUCAGAGAUGACCAGCAUGUAUACUGUCACUAACACAGGAUAUGUUUUUUUGGUCAAUGUAUAUUUAUUGAACUUUUUUCCAAGUCUAUACCAAACAAUCAACAUGAAGGAUUAACACAG